UUGAACUAUUUCAAUCAUUUGCGUCAUUGUUACACCCGCAGUCAGUAGUUUGUCAGUUGAGAGAUGUUUGUUUUGUAACCGUGAAACUGCUAGCCCGGUAACCGUGAAACUGCUAUCCCGGUAGCGCCCGCCGGAGGUCAUGCAUUAUUCAUGAGCGGCUGCUGACACAGCGUCAGUCGGACAAAAGUUUCCAAACUUCAGGACAGGAGCAACCUCAUCUAGCCGGAGCAAAGGGAAAGUUACUUUUCUCAUGUAGGGACACCUUUUAUUGUUCUCUAUCUUACAGAAUAGUUUUAUUGCGAGUUUGACGGCAGAAAGGUGAACUAUUUUUGUCCACACAGAGGGUUCAUAAAAGUUUGCCUGAGAGUAGCCUAGGCCUACUUCAGAAGGCUCAACGUUUGAUAUUUCUAUAAAGCCUCAACUUUAAAUCGUUUUUAUAUUUUCUGUAUUGCUCUAACUUUUACAUUAAGACAAAAUGAGCAACCCACUUCAGCCAAUGCCAGGACAACAAGUUAUCCACGUCGCGCAGGACUCGGAUACGGAUCUCGAGGCGCUUUUUAAUUCGGUUAUGAACCCGAAACCCAGUUCAUGGAGGAAAAAAAUGUUACCCGACUCUUUUUUCAAGGAGCCAGAUUCUGGAUCUCACUCCCGACAGUCGAGCACUGAUUCGGGCAGUCACCCGCCCAGGCUCACCGUACAACACGUACGGUCACAUUCCUCGCCCGCGACUCUACAGAUUGGAUUGGGAGCCAACCCAACUCCAAGCCCGGUACAUCACUCGCACAUCCGCCACCAGUCUUUCGAUGUUGCCGAGGAGUUGCCCCUGCCCCCUGGAUGGGAGAUGGCUUACACGUCCAACGGACAGAAGUACUUUCUCAAUCACGUGGAGAAGAUCACCACUUGGCACGACCCUCGGAAGACCAUGACGACAGCCAUGAACCAGAUGAGUCUCCACGCCCCCCCACCCUCUGCCAGCCCACAGCAACGCAACAUGGCCCUGUCCCAGCCCAACCUUGUGAUGUCCCAACACCACCACCAGCAGCACCUGCAACACACCCAGCAGCAGCCACAACAGGCGCAGGCCUUGGGCUCGCCUGGCUCCCUCACCCAGCAGCAGAGCUCCCAGGCUGGGAUGAUGAGCCUGUCCAGUCCCCUGGGCGUGGUUGUCAGUGCCCAGCAGAAGAUGAGGCUGCAGCGCAUCCAGCUGGAGAGAGAGAGGAUCCAGAGACGCCAGGAGGAGCUCAUGAGACAGGUGGCACUGUGUAGACAGCUCCCUGUGGACUCUGAGAGCAUGGCACCAGCUCCCAGCCCCGGUGGCAACCCUGCCCAGCCCAUGACCCAGGGCAACAUGCCCACCAACGGAGCCGACCCCUUCCUCAACAGUGGUCACUUCCAGCACUCCCGAGAGCAGAGCACAGACAGUGGCCUGGGGCUGGGCUGUUACAGCAUCCCCACCACCCCAGAGGACUUCCUGAAUAACAUGGAGGAGAUGGACACAGGUGAGAGCAUGGCCCAGGCGGGCAGUAUGAACGUGUCCCAGCACAGCAGCUUCCCAGACUUCCUGGACUCCCUGCCAGGGACCAACGUGGACCUGGGAACCCUGGAGGGAGCGGACCUCAUCCCCAUUCUAAACGAUGUGGAGUCAGUCCUCAACAAGAGCGAGCCCUUCCUCACCUGGCUGUAAACACACACACACACACACACACACACACACACACACACACACACACACACACACACACACACACACACACGUACAACCCUAAACACACAGACCAACACACACACGCCCAACAAACAGGACGAAAGACUCCACAUAUCUAAAGACUCUGUCUGUGCUGCCUUUAGCGACCUAUUCAAAUCAGCUUGAUUUAUGUGUCCAGUAAUAUUACCCUCUGUCUACCCGAUCACCUAUCAAUCUGAGGUCAGUUCAGGUUAAAGAUAUAUAAAGAGUAUUAACCAAAGCCUUGAGAGAACAAAAUCAAAUCAUGACACGUAUUAAAGUGAAUACUGUAUGGUAACAAUAGUUAGUAGUAUUGUAUAUUCUGUACGACUCGCCCACCCUGGUUUUGGAAUCACAAUAGAUGUUAUUUUUUACAGCUUUCCUGUCUCUCUUGGGGUGACACUCUAUGUGGAACAAGUACUUGGUGAAGAAAAAAAAUUAUAAUAAUUAUUGGCGUCCAAUGGUAUUGCUUUGUCAUGACUAAAUGUAUGCAGGGAGGCUUUUUUACCAAUAGGUGGCGCUAUUGCUUAAGCUACUGUAGUUAUGAAAUGGAUCUUUACUGGCUACAAGGCUGUCCGUCUCUAGGUUCUUAGUAUAAAGUGCAUCUCUGUCGGCUACAGCACUGUAAACCUUCUUAUCUAUCACCAACAGUAUUUGAACUGUCAGUUUGGGUUUGAAUUAACAACCCACAUUGUUACUGUUGUUUCUGUUCAUUAAAAAAACAACUACAGAUUUACUUCUACAUCAGCAUUAGUAGCCAUGGGAACAAAGUGUGUUGUAUACCAAAUAAUGUUUCCUAUUGUUCGCUACAAUGUCACUACAAAAGCUUUAAAACUUUAAAAUUGUACCUAGUUUGAUUUUUAAACAGAACUGUUUUUUUAUUUUAUUAUUAUUUUAAUAAUUGUACUCCAAUGUAGCUAAUUGAACACUAAAAUAUCAUGCCUCAGUUAUGCAACAAUGUAAAAUUCUGUAUUCUAAUACGUACACUUUUUUUAAUAUCAUACUAUAGUAUUUGUUUUUUUCUGAUCUCUAAAAUAGCCUAGAUGGGUUCUUUGCAUCUGGUGCCAUUUGUAGGACUUAUAAUAUAGUUUGCAUUUUUGUAUUUAUCAAGAGCUAUGAUUCAAUUUUUUUGUUCAAUUUUUUUACAUUUUUUUUAAUGAAAUUGAGAUUUCAAAGCACUACAAAUCAGCAAAAUGAUUGAAAUAUAUCUGAUCAUGAAGUGAAUGUUGAAGUUAGAUGAUCACCAGACGUUUUUGUUUCAAUAUGCGUUGACGCUUGAUAAUCCUUCAUACGCAAACUCUCCUUGGUCUUCGGUCUGUUUUUUGGGGGUUUGCAAAGGACAAUUUUUUUUUCUAAUAUCUGUUCUACGGGGAAAUAUGCAACAAUAGUCUUUUUAUAUGGUCUGAGGUUAUUGUGCCUAUACGUUUUUAGAGGAUUUUUAGUGAAUUGUCAGAUUAGAUUGGCAUGGGGUUGGCAUUCGGAUCUUGUUUUAACGUGCCAGCCCCACAACACAACACAAUCUGCUCUGAUCUUUUUUUCUACAUUUGUCUCAGUUUUUGUAUUUGCAUGUUGAUUGACAUAUUUGCUAUUCCUAGCGUUAGGUGGUCUAUAGCCCGACCUUAUAUUGUGACUAUACUGAGUCUGGUUACUAUGUAGAACGUUAGAACUAAGAAGGUGAGGAAGUGAUGGAUCCUGGGUAGGGGCAGGUGAAUUAGGGGGGGUUGUUGAGUUUAGGGAGGGUGAGGGGGGUGUUCAAUGCACGCCAAAACACACUGGGAGGGUGAGAGGGGUGUGAGAAGGGGGGGCACACAGUUAUCACAACACUACCACCUGUAUCCUUGGAGUGGUGUGGAUUGGGGGAAAUGGUGUGGAUUGGUAUCAGAGAAUGGAGGCCUCUAUUACCCAGGCAUGGCCAAAGAAGGCUAGCUCUGACAGGGCUAGCUCUGACAGGGCUAGCAACAUGCUAACUCAUGCCCAGGGCUAGCAACAUGCUAACUCAUGCCCAGGCCCAGCUGACAGGGCUAGCAACAAGCUAACUCAUGCCCAGGCCCAGCUGACAGGGCUAGCAACACGCUAACUCAUGCCCAGGCCCAGCUGACAGGGCUAGCAACACGCUAACUCAUGCCCAGGCCCAGCUGACAGGGAUAGCAACAUGCUAACUCAUGCCUAGGCCCAGCUGACAGGGCUAGCAACAUGCUAACUCAUGCCCAGGCCCAGCAACAUGCUAUCUCAUGCCCAGGCCCAGCUGACAGGGCUAGCAACACGCUAACUCAUGCCCAGCUGACAGGGCUAGCAACAUGUUAACUCAUGCCCAGCUGAUGAAAAGGGCUCCAGUGAGAGGUGAUGAGGUCUUUUUAGAAUCAAACAAAGUUAUUAAUCCAAUCACACAGCUGCCUCUCUUGGUGUCUCUGUGUCAGGGAGGUUCCCUGUUUUCGGUUGAAUGAUGUGCUGUUCCAGGUUCUAAGGGGGGAAACUGGGCAGGGCUGUCUGUGCACCAUUACUGGGGACACAAUUCAAGGUUGCACCAGUAUGAGGGGCACAAGUUAAAUGUUUGAGAAAAUGGAUGAUAGCAUUUGUAUCAGAUUGUCUUUUUGUAAAUCUAUACUUUAGGGGAUAUAAAGACCAGAUGAAGAGAGAGAUUCUAUGAGACCAUAGAACACAGUGGUGGUGUUAUACCAUUAAGGGUUUGAGGAAAUGGUUUGGUGUGGAGCACAUGUUUUGACUAAAGGUGCAUAGAGUGGCAUGACAUGGAAUGGAAUAGACAGGAUAACGCUGUAGCAAUAUAUAGCGCAGUAUAGCGCAGUGGCUAGGCUACAGCUGCAUGGUAGGAUGGGACGGGGGUGUGUUGUCAGUAGUUACAGGGUUCUUGGAAUGUUGAAGGCAUGCUCAUUGGUGGUGAAAAUCAGACUAACAAAAUGGCCGCAUACUGUAUCCUAUCCUGGCAGUGUGGACUUCAUUUUUACAUGAUGUAACCUCGGCAAGGAGUCUCUGAAAAUUACAGUAACAUGUUUUUAAAAAAUAAAGAAAUAAAGAAUAAAAUGGUGUCAGAACCGUG